CGCACUUGCUCCAGCUGCUAGGCUUGGGAGUAGUGCUAUCUAUCUAUAAAGCCUGUCGGUGUCGGGGCCUCCGUUUCCACCACACUCCCAACUCCACCCCCACCAUGAAUCUGUUCGGAAAAUCCAGCACGCUCUCCGAAGACCCGGAAAUCCGCCAGGUUGAGAAGUCGAUCGCACAGGAGGCCCGCGAGGACCAGAAGAACCUCGAUCGCAAUAUCAAAGCUCUCUCCGGCGCCGAAAAGUGUCAUCACAAGAGCAUCAGGGCGACAGCCAAGGCGCAGCAGGCAGUCGACAAAGCCGUCGAGACCGAAUAUGAGGCUACGAAGGCGCUCAACCGUGCCGCCCACGAUCGCGAUGCAGCAAUCGCUAAUGAAGCGACCGCAGAGAAGAGUGUGAAGAUCAAGCAGGAGCACGAGGCCCGACUCGAGCAGGACCUCGAGAAGAGGCGCGUCCACCUGGACGAACAGCAGCAGCGCAAGGCGCAAAACGACCAAUCGCGCGAGUCACGACUUUCGCAUGUACACGCGCAGGCCGCCGCCGCCGCCGAGUCGCGCAGCGCAAGCCUCGACACAGCAGCAGGCCAGUAUGGACGCGCCGGAGACGUGUCCGAGGUACCCCGUGCCACCGACCCUAGGACAACUACACCCGCCGCUUCGCCGCCCAUUGGUCCUGGAGACCCUGCGAAGAUCGAGAGACCGGCCAAUAAUGGGGGCGUGUACGAUUCCGACGCCGACUUCCGCACUUUUAUGUGACUUGCCAAUAUAUACCCCCG